CGCGUAGGCACAACUUCCGGAAGGAGGCGGAAGAGCCUCUCGGGUCUACGCACUGGAGUCCCGGGACCAGUGAGGGGCCACCCGGGGCACAGGAAAGGCCCGCUGGGGGAGGAUCGGCUGCACUCGGGGUGUCUUGGCCGCGGGUCUGAGGGAUGAGGAGGGGCCAUGGCCAGCGACGGGGCCAGGAAGCAGUUCUGGAAGCGCAGCAACAGCAAGCUCCCGGGCAGCAUCCAGCAUGUGUAUGGCGCCCAGCACCCCCCCUUUGAUCCACUGUUACAUGGCACUUUGCUGAAGUCCACGGCCAAGAUGCCGACCACACCAGUGAAGGCCAAGAGGGUCAGCACCUUUCAGGAGUUCGAGAGCAAUACCAGCGAUGCUUGGGACGCUGGGGAGGACGAUGACGAGCUCCUGGCCAUGGCGGCGGAGAGCCUGAACUCUGAGGUGGUCAUGGAGACGGCCAACCGGGUGCUGCGUAACCACAGCCAGCGGCAGGGGCGGCCCACGCUGCAGGAGGGGCCGGAGCUUCAGCAGAAACCCAGGCCUGAGGCAGAGCCGCCCUCACCUCCCAGCGGUGACCUCCGGCUGGUGAAGUCUGUCAGUGAGAGCCACACAUCCUGUCCUGCAGAAAGUGCCAGCGAUGCCGCCCCUCUGCAGAGGUCCCAGUCUCUCCCACACGCGGCCACCGUCACGCUGGGUGGCACAUCUGACCCCAGCACCCUCAGCAGCUCAGCACUGAGCGAAAGAGAGGCCUCCCGGCUCGACAAGUUCAAGCAGCUGCUUGCCGGCCCCAACACAGACCUUGAGGAAUUACGGAAGUUGAGCUGGUCCGGAAUCCCUAAGCCAGUGCGUCCAAUGACAUGGAAGCUCCUCUCAGGUUACCUUCCUGCCAAUGUAGACCGGAGACCAGCCACUCUCCAGAGAAAACAAAAAGAAUAUUUUGCAUUUAUUGAGCACUAUUACGAUUCUAGGAAUGACGAAGUUCACCAGGACACAUACAGGCAGAUCCACAUAGACAUCCCUCGCAUGAGCCCUGAAGCGUUGAUUCUGCAGCCCAAGGUGACGGAGAUUUUUGAAAGGAUCUUGUUUAUAUGGGCGAUCCGCCACCCCGCCAGUGGAUACGUUCAGGGGAUAAAUGAUCUCGUCACUCCCUUCUUUGUGGUCUUCAUUUGUGAAUACAUAGAGGCAGAGGAGGUGGACAUGGUGGACGUCUCCGGCGUGCCUGCAGAGGUGCUGCGCAACAUUGAAGCCGACACCUACUGGUGCAUGAGCAAGCUGCUGGAUGGCAUUCAGGACAACUACACCUUUGCCCAACCUGGAAUUCAAAUGAAAGUGAAAAUGUUAGAAGAACUCGUGAGCCGGAUUGACGAGCAAGUGCACCGGCACCUGGACCAGCAUGAGGUGAGAUACCUGCAGUUUGCCUUCCGCUGGAUGAACAACCUGCUGAUGAGGGAGGUGCCCCUGCGCUGCACCAUCCGCCUGUGGGACACCUACCAGUCUGAACCAGAGGGCUUUUCUCAUUUCCACUUGUACGUGUGCGCUGCUUUUCUCGUGAGAUGGAGGAAGGAAAUACUAGAAGAAAAAGAUUUUCAAGAGCUGCUGCUUUUUCUCCAGAACCUGCCCACAGCCCACUGGGAUGACGAGGACAUCAGCCUGUUGCUGGCCGAGGCCUACCGCCUCAAGUUUGCCUUCGCCGACGCCCCUAAUCACUAUAAGAAAUGAGCCUGGGCCCACCUGCAGCUGGCCACACUGUCCCGGGUGGCGCGCCCCACCGGCCCGGCCGCUGGUAGGCCCCUGUGAGCUGGUCCUGGGCUGCCAGAAGGCCCUGGGCUGGCCCCACCCUCCAGGGGAGCUGGCGAGGAUGGGCCCCAGACUUGGUCUAGGGCUGACAAGGACAGGGACAGCCUCUGUUUUCUGGAAUACCAAAGAGAGCCAGGGGAGGGCCCCGGCUUCGGCGGCCAGAGGCAGGUCAGGGGUCCCCUCGCCCUUUCCCUGCAGUGUCCUUGCCAAGUGACUGCCUCCUGUAGCCCCCAGUCUGGGGCAGCCCCGGAGGCCGACCCUCUCGGGAUGCCUGCUGUCUCCAGGGCCGGAACAAGGCAGUGGCCAUCUCAUACCUACUCUGAAAUGCAAAACUGCUUUUCUGUUGAGUGAAAGAAUAAAAUAUAGACAAAAUCUA